GUCACUUUGUUUUGAACCAGUCUUGUUUUAGAAAUACUACUGCAUUCUGUUCUAAUUUUCCAGAGCCCCCUAAUCUUCUUCCAGGCUCUUAAUGAUGUAGUUGAUAAUAGGAUUGUUGGUAUUAAUUUGGAACAAUAAUGCCAGCUGCUUGCUUGGUGGCUAUUGGUAGAGGGGUGACCUUGCAGGUCAGCUGAGCAGAGCUGGAAGUGCUUUGAUCUGAUCUAUACGGAGCUAGAUCUGUCUACUCGGGCAAGAGGAGCAAGUGAAUUCUCUCUCCAUGGGAUGCUGAUUCUUCUCCAGAGAGCAGGGAGGACAGCAUGGCGGUGGCUUUGGAUGCAAUCCUCGCUCGGAUCAAGGAUGUUUUUAAAAGGAAUGGUUUGCUUAUUCUCUCGGUGCUGUCAGUCACCAUUGGCUGUCUUCUUGGCUUCUUCCUGAGGACGAGGCGGCUCUCCCAGCAGGAAAUUAGUUACUUCCAGUUCCCUGGUGAGUUACUGAUGAGGAUGCUGAAAAUGUUGAUUCUCCCACUGGUUGUUUCAAGUUUAAUGUCCGGGCUCGCAGCCCUAGAUGCCAAGACUUCCAGUCGGUUAGGUAUCAUAACUGUCACCUACUACCUGUGGACAACAUUUGUGGCUGUGGUCGUGGGAAUAAUUAUGGUCUCCAUCAUCCAUCCUGGUGGAGCAGCACAGAAGGAGAUCACUGAAGACGGUGGAAAGCCCAUCAUGAGCUCUGCAGAUGCACUGCUUGACUUAAUCCGGAACAUGUUUCCAGCCAAUCUUGUUGAGGCCACAUUCAAACAGUAUCGCACCAAGAGCAUUCCCAUCAUUAAAUCUAACAAAGCAUCACCAGAAAGCACCUCCCGUCGCAUCAUCAUCUAUGGAAUCCAGGAUGAGAAUGGAUCCAAUGUCCAGAAUUUUGCCUUGGACAUCACUCCUCCCCCUGAAGUGAUCUACAAAUCAGAGCCAGGCACUAGUGACGGCAUGAACGUGCUGGGGAUUGUGAUAUUCUCUGCCACGAUGGGUAUAAUGCUGGGAAGAAUGGGGAACAGUGGCGUUCCUCUAGUCAGCUUCUGCCAGUGCUUAAACGAGUCUGUCAUGAAGAUAGUGGCAGUUGCUGUUUGGUAUUUCCCAUUUGGAAUUGUGUUCCUAAUUGCUGGUAAAAUCCUGGAAAUGGAUGACCCUUCAGCCAUUGGGAAGAAGCUGGGUUUCUACGCCAUCACGGUGGUUUGUGGCCUGGUGGUGCAUGGGCUGUUCAUCCUGCCAAUGAUGUACUUCUUUAUCACCAAGAAGAACCCCAUUGUCUUCAUCAGAGGGAUUCUUCAAGCCUUGCUCAUUGCUCUGGCUACAUCUUCCAGCUCAGCCACACUGCCUAUCACUUUUAAGUGCUUGCUGGAGAACAACCAUGUGGACAGGAGGAUCGCGAGGUUCGUGCUGCCCGUGGGAGCCACCAUCAACAUGGACGGGACAGCUCUCUACGAGGCCGUGGCUGCCAUCUUCAUCGCCCAGGUGAACAACUAUGAGCUGGACUUUGGGCAGAUCAUCACUAUCAGUAUCACAGCAACAGCUGCCAGCAUAGGUGCUGCAGGGAUCCCCCAAGCUGGCCUGGUGACAAUGGUGAUUGUUCUGACCUCGGUUGGGCUCCCAACAGAUGACAUCACACUGAUUAUUGCUGUUGACUGGGCACUAGACAGGUUCAGAACAAUGAUCAAUGUCCUGGGGGAUGCACUGGCCGCAGGGAUCAUGGCCCACAUCUGCCGGAAGGAGUUCAUCAAGGACGGGGACGAGGUGCCAUUGAUCUGUGAAACUAAGCCUAUUAACAUCCAUCAGAUUGUGGCUUACCAGAGAAAUGGCUGCGUGAAGACCAUGACCGAAACUCGCGGACCAGACACAGUGAAAGGGUUUCAGCAGCACAUCCCUGUACAAGUGGAGCAAGAAGAAAGCCCAGUGGAGAACCACACCAAGAAAUCCAACAGUAAAGACCACUGCACUAUUGAAAUAAAUGAACUAGAGACAAACGUGUGACUGCUGCACUCGGCGGUGUCUCGCACCCUGACACCCGAUCUCUACCUCCCAGUUGGAAGAGGGACUCCUUGCCUCGGACAGCACAGCGUGGGAUCCUCACCACCCUGCUUGCACCGGAGCCAGCAGACCGGCUGUGAACAGCAGGAAAGGCGCACAGCUUGAUGGAGGCACGGGCUUCUUAUGUGAAAGAUCUGAACUCUGGAAACUAUCUAAUGGACAACUGGUUCAUUCUGCACUCAUUUUACUCCAGUAUAGUGUUUGACACUCCUUUGGCUUCCAUUUUUUUUUUUAUAAGCUUGUUUUUUAUGUGU